AUGUCCGCGCUGCGCACUUUCCUGGACAUUCGGGAAACUCUUGAGUUCCUUGUCCUAUGUGUCGAACCAAUGCAGGGGCCUCCUCUGGUGGCCACCUUUCGAUGGACCUCUUCGAAGCUGUCUGAGAGCUCGGACUUUCUCUUCGUUGGUGUGGACGCCCGUCUCGUAGAUUCGGUGUCCAAGAAAAGAAACUUGUCGCACUGCAAAGCAGCACUUGUUUUUGCCGAGCCGAAGGUUGUACUUGCGCAGCCUCUUCAGGAGUUCUUCCAGUCUCUCGGCGUGUUCCGUGGUGUCUUUCCCACUGAUGACCACGUCAUCUCAGCCAAGGCCCGUGGUGACAUCGUACUCUUGGUGCUCAUCGACAUCAAGGGAGCCUUCGACGGCCUGCCCCACCCAGUCAUCCAGCAGGCCCUGGACCUCCUCGGCAUUGGGGGAAACCUGCGGUGCUUCAUCACGUCCUUCUUGAAGGAACGCACACUCCAGGUACGUGUGGGGAAAGCGAAGAGCUCUCCUCGUGCAGUGGCGGCAGGCGUUCCGCAGGGGUCUGUGGUGAGCCCCUUCCUGUUCAACCUGGCCAUGGCUCGGCUGCCUGCCGCCCUGCCGAUCGACCCUCACUUUCCUGUCGAGUCCUCGAUCUAUGCAGAUGACAUCGCCCUGUGGGUCCGAGGACGACCGCAGCACCUUCGCAGCGCACGCAAGGCCCUGCAGAGAGCCUUGGACACUGCAGCGGCCUACCUGAGCAGCAUCGGCCUGGACAUCUCGGCGAAGAAGACGGAGGCCAUGCUGCUCCACCCGCGAGCAGCCGCUCGCCGCCAAGCUGCCCGGCUGCACCUGCAGGACGUCGCCAUCCCCUGGAGCACGGCAGUCACAUACCUGGGGCUGCGCAUUGACCACCGGCUCACCUGGCUGCCUGCUGCCAAGGCCCUGCACGCGCAGGUACUCCGGGUCCGCAAGGCCGUCUCGCAGCUCCUCGCCCGCGGACAAGGCUGCACAACCAGGUGGGCCUUGCAACUCUUCGAUGCAGCAGCCACCUCACGCCUGCGGUAUGCCCUCCCACUGGUGGCGCUACCACAACCCCGCCUGAAGAAGCUGGAGCUGCAACACCGGGCAGCUGUUCGGCUCUGCCUAGGUGUUCCGCGCAACUCGCAGGUCGCUGCCACCCUGGCCGAGGCUGGAGCGUGGCCCUUGCCGCUGCUGCUCCUACAGCAGGGCCUGCGGCACAUCGACCGACUCCACCAUGCUGAAGACGGCGGUGGCCUGUUGACCCGCUUGCGCUCACGGCCUUCAUCGCAGAUGGGGCGGCUGUGCUGCCUGUACGAGGAGGUGAUCGGGAACCCCCCACCCAACACAGUGCAGCUGCCCCCACCCCAGAGACCUCCCAUCGCCAUCACCACGGAGCUACCAGGCAUCACCAAGCGGCGAUCACCGACCUGCGCAUUGCAGCAGACGGCGGCCUCACUCCUUCACGAGGACCUUGAGGGCCACCUGCAGGUAUUCGUCGAUGGCUCCGUGGUCCCCGACACAGGCUCGUCGACGGCGGCGUGCAUCAUACCUGCCCUGCAGAAGAGUAGGCAGUGUCGCCUUCCAGCCCAUGCGAGCUCCACAGCAGCGGAGGUAGCAGGCCUCCACCUUGCUGUCGACCUGCUCACAGAGGAUCCCCCAGAGACUCCAGCAGCAAUCUUCUGCGACUCCAAGGCAGCCCUCUUGAGCCUGCAGAGGCCGGAGAGGGCGAGCCUGGGGGUCGCUCUCCUCUCAACGCGACUGGCGGCACUACAGGAUGCAGGUUGCCCGGUGUCCCUGCACUGGAUCCCUGCUCAUGUAGGCAUCCCGGGCAACGAGGAGGCCGAUGCCUUAGCCAAGAGUGCCCACCACGGUGACGUCCCCUUGAGUGCAGCAGUCACAGCCGCGGACUUCACGAGGCUCCGGCUUCAGCGGCACCUCCAGGUGUCCCAUCCUGACAAGCGCGUGUCCUUGGGACGCCCCCCACGGCAGCUACCGCAACGCGGCCUUGCACGGAGGGAGAGUUCGCUGCUACUCCGGCUGAGAAUCGGCUGUUGCUGGACAGCCGCACGACGCCAUCGGCUUGGCCUCAUCGCCUCACCUGCCUGCGCCUCCUGUGGUGAGCCAGAGACACUGGAGCACCUCCUGCUGGCCUGCCCUGCACACAACCAACCCCGUGGAAUGCUCCUGCAGAAGUUUCGCCGCCUUGGACUUCCCAUCACACGACAGGAGGACAUCCUCUUCCCCCGUCGAAACCACCUCCCGGCCCUGCUCAGCGUAGCCCUCCGGCCCUGCCCCACCACCCAGCCUUGGACUGGCUGACCACACCAGGCCAGACGCGAGCUGUCAAGGCCCUACCCUCCGGAUGGCGUGACCCCGUUCCUGCCCGCCGCUCUGCUUCGCCCCUGCCAUGGCGACACCAACACCUUCCUCUACACCCUCCUUUUCUCCCACUCUCCCCUCCCCGUUGGCGCUGAGCCGUGCUCCCUCAAGGGCUGCAGAAGAUAGCGCCAACCCCUUCCUUUCCAAAUGAACCACUUAGUAGUAGUUGUGAGAGACGCUUGAGGCUUGACCAUGUAGAGCACGCUUGACGAUGUAGAGCACGCUCGACCAUGGAGAACGCUCGGAGAUGUAAACGCUACCACAUGCAAAUAUGUUAGCACGUAGACGGCUCCAAUAUCAUGGAGCCCAUCUUGUAAU